GCGGGGCCGGGGCGCCGCCGGCUGAAGGCCCCGGGCCGCGGCGGGCGCCCAGCAGAGCCGGGCAUGGCGGGCUGGUGGCGGGCGCUGCCGCGCGUGGUGCAGCGCUACCCGUGGCCCACCAACGUGCUGCUCUACACGGCGCUCUACUCGUCGGGCGACGCGCUGCAGCAGCACCUGCGGGGCGGCCCGGCCGACUGGCGGCAGACGCGGCGCGUGGCCACCCUGGCCGUGACCUUCCACGCCAACUUCAACUACGUGUGGAUGCGCGUGCUGGAACGCGCCCUGCCCGGCCGCGCGCCGCGCACCAUCCUGGCCAAGGUGGUUUGCGACCAGGCCUUCGCCGCGCCCGUGGGCAUCUCGGCCUUCUACACCGGUAUGAGUAUUCUCCAGGAAAAGGAUGACAUAUUUUUGGACCUGAAACAGAAAUUCUGGAAUACAUAUAAGACUGGACUGAUGUACUGGCCUUUUGUCCAGCUCACCAACUUCAGCUUCGUACCCCUCCACUGGCGGACGGCGUACACGGGCGUCUGCGCCUUCCUCUGGGCCACCUUCAUGUGCUACUCGCAGCAGACGGGUGACGGGACCCUGCAGUCCAUGAUCUCCAGCCUGUGGGUCCUGAUGGCCGAGACGGCCAAACGGCCCCCGGAGAAGUGAGGAGCGCAGCGGGCAGGACUCCCAGGAGGAUGGCAUCACUUGCGGCCUCAGCGCGCAGCGGGCACCUCCAGCCGCCCGACUCCAUCGUGAAGAUACACUGUUUGGUAGAGUCAGUUGGGUUUUGGUUUUGUUUUCGUUUGGGGGCCACUCCUGGCAGUGCAUUGGGGGUGGGGGUUAUGCUCGGUGCACGCACCCCCCCCCAGUGCUGGAGGGUACCUCAUGGUGCCAGUGGUGGAAGGAAUCUUAGUCUCCCUCAAAGCUCGCACUCCAGCCCAUUCAGCCGUCUCCCCGGCCAGCCCUGUUUGUUUUUAAAUCUUCAAGGAUAAUUUAAAAUUUUAUUCUCUAAAGCUUUUUUUUUUUUUUCUUUUUUUGUGCCUGGAUUAAACCUCGGGCCUCGGACCUCCUGGACAGGAGCCCUUAGUAUUAUUUCUCUAAUAUUAUUGCUUCUGUCGCAUAUUAGUUAAUGUCAGUACAGUGGCUGAGUGGCAUUUGGUAAUUAUCACUGUUUGAGUUCUAGUAUUUUUGUGGUAGACGCUUUAAAGAACGCCCCAUUGACUGUGUCCAUCAACAUUCUAGAAUCUCAGGUGAUCGAUACACUUUUGGAUCAGAUUAUCUUUUGUACCAAAAAUAGUUCUUGUAAAUUUCUAUUUCUAGAGCCAAUCACAGAGAAAGUCGAAUAAGCCGGAUCCCUCCGACCACCCCUCCCAGCCCCCAAUACUGUCUAAUCUAUCGUUAUGCAGAUGCUAAGCUUCUUUUAGUCUUUCUAAAAAUCACGUAAACCCGCUGGGUAACCUCAGUAUGUCCUGGACAGAAAGCGUUUUGUCGAUACCUUCUGAUUGUAUAGUUUCUUAAGUGUAUUUUGAUGUCUUUUCAAUUUACACAUAGGCAGUUGCCUCGAGCACGUCAUCUCCUGGACAGAUGAAAUACAUAAAACAUUUGAUCUCUCAAGGAAAUACAGGGAGUGAAGCUUCUGGCUCUAGAGAAUGAAGCAAUUUGGGGCUAGAGAUGACUUCCUGGGCCGGAGUGCAGGCUUUGCGUGCGGGAUGCCUGGGUUUGAUUUGACCCCUAACCCACCUGGUUCCCCAGCACCCCUGGGAACGGCACAACCUCCAAGCAUUGCUGAGGAUAACCGCCCCCUCCAACCCCCCACCCAAAAGCAAAAAUAAGUAAAUAGGUCAAAAAAAUCAACUGUUCUUUCUGGAGUAAGAAUCUUCCCUCCUUCUUCUGGAGGUAAGAAUUUUACUCGCUAUAGUUCCAGAGAAGGGCCAGAGAGAUAGUCCAGUGGGUAGAGAGAAAGUGCUUGCCUUGCAUAUGACUGGCCCGGGUGAGUCCCUCAAAUCCCAGAUGGUCUUCCCAAGCCUGCCAGGAAUGAUUCCUGAAUGCAGAACCAGGAGUAAGCCCUGAGCACCACUGGAUAUGGCCAAGAAAACAACAAAAAUUAUAUAUAUAUACAUAUAUAUAAUAUAAUACAUAGAAUAAAGGUCUAGAGAGAACAGCUACUUCAGACAUCACCUCGAUGCUAUAGGCUUUAAAAGAAACCCUUAAAUUAGACACAAGACACAUGACUCAAGCUUGUCAACAUGCUUAGUUUGUCUCACCUCAAAAUCCGUGGGCUUAAAAAUUAUUUGACUAUUAUUUGAAUAUUUCAGGAAGUUUCAGCAAAUUUCCUGUCCACACAGGAUCUACCUCCACAACUUCAGCCUUGUUGCACCCUGACGUUGCCCUUUCCCAAGGACAUCCCCAUCCCCCCACCUAGGGGCGUGGAGAGCACUGAAAUGUCGAUCCAUCACUCUGGAGAAUUGAUUUCUGACUAAGUCAGUGUAUGCCCAGGUGCUGGGAGGGUGAUUCACCUGGUAGAGCUCAGGCCUAGUGUCUUGCUUCCCCGGUAGUACGUGACUCUCUGAGCAUCACUGGCUGUGGUCCUGGUGGGCCCCUGAGGACCACUGACCUAACUGAUGCUGGGCUGAGCUCUGCUAGGCCUGGACCCUGUUUUUUAAAAAUGGGAGUGUAGGAGCCAGAGAGAUGGUACAGCAUAAGGUACAUGUGUGAGGUGCUUGCCUUGCUUGUGGCAACCGGAGUUUGAUCCCGGCCAUCCCUCAUACAGUCCCCUGACCCCUAUCAGGAGUGAUCCUUGAGUGCGAGCUGAGAAUAAGUCCUAAACACCACCGGGUGUGAUCCAAGACCAAAACCAAAAAAGGCUGUCUAGAGAGAGAGUCUAAAAGCCUUGCAUGCAGUUGACCCUGGUUCAGUCCCCUGUAGCACAUAUCAGCCCCCCAUCCCCUACCCCAAGUUCCAUCAGGGGUCAUUCGUGAGCACAGAGCCAGGAAGAGCCCCCCGAGCACUGUCAGGUAUAGCUCAGCCCCUCCACCCCUCACCCAAAGCAGAAUCAGAGAAGAAUGUAGACCAAGUUUCCGAGGGAUGACCCAGGAGGAGGGACCCAGCCUUACAGGUGUGAGGUCGAGAGUCAGAUUCCACAUGCCAAGGGUGGUUCAGGCAGCGGUGCCAUUUAGACUAGGAUGUCGUCUCCAGAAAAUGUGAGCAAGCACCAUGGCCAUUGAUUGUGCAUAUGACCCACAGCGAGGGCUGCGUUCAAAGUGUGUGCCACCAAAAUAACGAGCUGUGCUAUCAGGUGCGCCAACAGCACAGCUAGCCUGUGCCAUCUCAGCCAGCAUGCGGGUGCCACCUGGGCAUCAUAGCAGCAACUCCCCUCCCCCCCAAAAAAAAAUAAAAGGGAAGGGAAGGAGAGAGGGGAAAAAUACUUCGAAUUUUUAAGCAGACACUUUAUAUGAUUUGUAAUAUAAAUUUAUAUGUCUCAAUAAUGUAACUUCUAAGUAUGUGGUUUUAUGGAUUUCACAGAUAUUAAUAUAUUUUGCAUUGCUAUUUUAUUGGGCCAAUUGUAAGAACAUUUCUAGGAUUUAGUUCUAAGGUCAUUUGCUACCCGUGUUGUCUUAAAAGCAGUUCCUGCCACAGAGAAGCUAGUACCUAGUAGGAGACAUGCUUCGUCCUUUAAGAGAGAGCCAGAGGAAAGGGGUGAACAUCUGUCAUUUGGACUGGCUGGUCAUCUUGUCACUGAACUGCCACCUUAGUUCGAUGAGGGAAGAAGAGUGGUUUGCGUUUUGAAUGAAAACGACUUCAGCUGCUGGACCUUGUGUCUGCUGUCAAGGAGGAAAGACUUUACUGUCAUCAGAGUUAAGAAUGAAAAUGCGUGACUCUACUGCAGAGAAUCAUCUAUUCUUUGAGUUUAUAUAAAUUGUACCUAAGGAUGUUUGCUAAUGCAAGAGUAAUUUUAUGUUUUAAUGUGAGAAAUAAAAUUGAUUUCCAAGAGUG